AUGGCAUUCCGUGUUAUGCCUUCUAGAAUCCUCAAGAACCUCCCUUAUAACAUAAGAACGAAGCCCCUCAACACCAUCCACCACUCCCUCUACACCACCAUCGCGCCACCGUCUCCCACUACGGCGACGCUGAGCUUGGAGGAUGCGGAGCAGCUGUUCCGGACGGUGUCGACAGGACAUCUGCUCCGGUCCUCCGCCGUGCAGCAUGCUAUGGCAGUGGGGCCCAUGGUGGACUUGGGAAUGUGGGUGAUGAAGUCAAGGAUGCUACAGAGCGAGGUGAUGAAGGAUCUUGCCAUGGCCGCCAUGCGCCAUACGUUUUACACCCACUUUUGCGCCGGUGAGGAUGCGGUGGCAGCCGGGAGGAGUAUACGGGCGCUGAACGACACCGGGUUGCGUAGCAUGCUGGUUUAUGGGGUGGAAGACGCACACGACAAUGAGGGGUGUGAUAGGAACCUUCAAGGGUUUCUUCACAAUGUUGAUGUUAGCAAAUCACUUCCACCAUCCUCUGUGAGCUUUGUUAUUGUGAAAAUUACUGCAAUAUGCCCCAUGGCAUUGCUAGAAAGAGUUAGUGACCUUCUAAGAUGGCAACAGAAGGACCCUUCAUUUGUUCUGCCAUGGAAGCAAGAUUCCCUCCCAAUUUUUUCAGAAUCUAGCCCUUUGUACCACACGCAGAAGAGACCAGAACCUGUAACCCCAGAAGAAGAGAGUGAUCUUCAACUAGCCAACCAAAGACUCCUUGAACUUGGUCAAAAAUGUGUGGAAGCAAAUAUGCCUUUGUUGGUUGAUGCUGAAUACACUACUGUUCAGCCAGCUAUUGAUUACUUCACAUACUCUUCUGCCAUCAUGCACAACAAGGAUGGCAACCCUGUUGUGUUUGGAACCGUUCAAACAUACUUGAAAGAUGCCAAGGAAAGGUUGUUGCUGACAACAAAGGCAGCAGAAAAAAUGGGAGUUCCAAUGGGGUUCAAAUUGGUAAGGGGUGCUUACAUGUCCGCAGAGGAUAAUUUGGCUGAGUCUUUCGGACAUGCAUCCCCAAUUCACAAUACCAUUCAGGACACACACAAUUGCUUCAAUGACUGCUCAUCAUUUCUGCUUGAGAAGGUUGCUACUGGACCUGGUUCUGUUGUUCUUGCAACCCACAAUAUUGAAUCAGGGAAAUUGGCUGCAGCAAAAGCACAUGAAUUGGGAGUUGGAAAGGUGAACCAGAAGCUAGAAUUUGCACAGCUAUAUGGAAUGUCAGAUGCACUUUCCUAUGGUUUGAGCAAUGCAGGGUUUCAGGUCAGCAAGUAUAUGCCAUUUGGGCCUGUAGAAAUGGUCAUGCCUUACCUCCUUAGAAGGGCUGAAGAGAAUAGAGGGGUCUUGGCUGCUUCAGGCUUUGAUAGGCAACUUGUUAGGAGUUGGGAAGAAGACUCAAAGCUUCAGUGUUCUAAUGCAUACAGCCAUAUGCUGCAGGAUUCUCUGACUUCAAAAAGUGGAAAACUAAAACUUGACUGUGCUAUGUCUCACACCAUGAAGCAGUGGUUUCACCUUGGAAAUUCUCAUGUGAUUGGUGUGAUCUCUUUGAUAAUAAUAUUGGGAGCAGUAAAUGUGAAGGUAGCAGAAUGUAGGGAAUAUAAUGGAUUGAGCAACGUUGAAUACCCUGCCAUAAAUUGCAGAAAACACAGUGCAGUUUUGACAGAAUUUGGUGGGGUUGGUGAUGGAAAAGCAUCGAACACGAAGGUGUUUCGAUCUGCAAUAAGCAAACUGAGCCAAUAUGCUUCUGAUGGAGGUGCACAACUUAUUGUGCCACCUGGCAAAUGGCUAACGGGACCCUUCAAUCUUACAAGCCAUUUCACUCUCUUUCUCCAAAAGGGUGCUGUUCUUCUUGCUUCUCAGGAUGAAUCAGAAUGGCCCCAACUUCCUGUACUACCUUCUUAUGGAAGAGGAAGAGAUGCUCCUGGUGGAAGGUUUAGCAGUCUAAUUUUUGGGACUAACCUCGUUGAUGUUGUAAUAACUGGUCAAAAUGGUACAAUUGAUGGUCAAGGAUCUUAUUGGUGGGACAAGUUCCACAAGAACCAAUUGACUCUCACCAGGCCAUACAUGAUUGAGAUCAUGUACUCUGAUCAAAUUCAAAUAUCAGAUCUCACUUUGGUCAAUUCCCCAAGCUGGUUUGUCCAUCCAAUUUACAGCAGUAACAUAAUUAUAAAAGGGCUUACCAUUCUUGCACCAGUGACCUCUCCCAACACAGAUGGAAUAGACCCAGAUUCAUGUACAAACACUAUGAUUGAAGACUGCUACAUCGUUUCGGGUGACGAUUGCGUUGCAGUAAAAAGUGGGUGGGAUGAGUAUGGAAUUAGAUUUGGAAUGCCAACCCGGCACUUAAUCAUUAGAAGGGUGACUUGUAUAUCGCCAGACAGUGCCAUGGUUGCAUUAGGCAGUGAAAUGUCUGGUGGAAUUGAAGAUGUUAGAGUUGAAGAUCUCACUGCCAUCAACACUGAGUCAGCUGUUAGAAUCAAAACAGCAGUUGGUAGAGGUGGAUAUGUGAAGAACAUAUUUGUCAGAGGAUUGAAGCUGAACACCAUGAAAUAUGUAUUUUGGAUGACUGGGUCUUAUGGAUCACAUCCUGACCCUGGCUUUGACCCCAAAGCACUUCCUAUUAUUUCUGGAAUAAAUUAUAGAAAUGUUGUUGCGAAGAACGUCACAUAUUCAGCAAAACUUGAAGGACUUUCUAAUGAUCCUUUCACAGGAAUCUGCAUUUCUAAUGUGACUAUCCAAGUGAGUGAACAACAAAAGAAGCUUCAAUGGAAUUGCACUGAUGUUGCUGGAGCUUCGAGCAAUGUCACUCCUAACCCCUGUCCAUUGCUGCCACAAAAAGAGAAACUCGUUUGUCCUUUUCCAAAUGACAAACUACCCAUUGAAGAUGUUCAAUUCAAGACAUGUUCCUUGAAAACUGUCUUCUAA